AGCCAUUCGUUGAUGAGGUUUUUUUAGAUUGCGGUACGGCAUCAUUCGAGUGAAGUGAUCGAUGUCGGCCAUCGGGGCCAAGUCGGAUCUGCUCAACGUCUUGGGCGAUGUGAAAGCCAGGGUGCAGGACAAGCUGGGCAUCGUGGAUUUCCCCAUGCCCCAGUUCAUUCUGAUCGGGCGGCAAUCUGUGGGCAAGAGCCGCUUGAUCGAAGCGCUGGCGGGGGAGUGCUUCAACUUCAUCUCCGGCACCUUGGGAAGCCGCCGGCCGACCGUCUUGGAGUUCCGCCAUGCGCCGGGGUACACGGCAUCCAAGUGGUACGUGCGGGACAGGAAGACCAAUCACUGGACCAACCAUCCGAUUGAACAAGUCAUGAACAUCGUGGGUCAAGCCCAUGAAGAGUGUGGCACUUCCGUGAGCCAUGAUGCCAUCUACGUGCGAAUCGAGUCCAACGCCUGCGUCGACAUGCAGAUCGUUGACUUGCCCGGCUUCCGGGACUUUGCUCUUGAUGAGGGGAAGCAAGAGUUGUGCGACAAGAUUGAGAGCUUGGUGAUGACGUUCAUGCGGGACAAGCGGAAUGUGAUGCUCUGUGUGGAGCAGGCGGGUGAUGCCGCAACCAUGUCCACCCUGGCCAAAUGCAGGGCAUUGGAUCCAGACUUCAAGAGGACAAUUCUCAUUCGCAACAAGCUGGACAAGUACUACAACGACCUCACACCCGAUAACGUCAGCAAGUGGGUGGACGGCUUUGGGGACUUGCCCGAGUCCCUGGUGAGGUUCGCGCUGACCCUUCCCUUUUGGAAAGAUGGCGACCCCAUGCCCAAGCCCUUCAACGAAAUCAAAGAGGACAUGGUCAAGAAUGACAUUCAGCAGAUGCAGGUGAAGGGAUUGAGUGACAAGUACAUGGGCACAAUUGGUUUCAAGAACUUUGUGAUAUUUAUGGAGAAGCGCAUUGAGAACAUGUUUGCAGAGGCCAUUGAUCCGGUGCUUACAAAUCUCAAAGAUCUGAAAUCCACCGCCCAGAACUCGAAGAAGGACUUGGAGACCGAGUACAACGACACGGAUCCUCACCGCAUUCUGAGCACCACCCGGGAUUGCGGCAUCUCUUUCGCCACCGCCCUCACACAUGUGAUGGAAGGGGUACUGGACUUGCAGCCCGUGAUGAACUUAGAUGAGGAGCUUCGAGCUUUUCACAACUACCAUGGCACUUUGGGGUCUUCGCACUUCAGCAUGCUGCCAUCGGAGGAUUUCUGUAGCCUGAACGACUACAUCGACUACCUGCGGAACGAGAUCCAGAUCGGCGCCUUCGACGUGGAGGUGAAUGGCGGUGCCCAGUUUAGGCGUUUGAUGAUGGAGGUGGAGAUCUUUCUGCGCUUCUCGGAGAUUGCAGUGGAGAUCAAGAAGCGCGACGUGAUCCAAGCGCGGGGGGUGUCCAUGAGCUCGCUGACCUGGCGGGAUGUGGUCGUGAAGCUGCUGAGCCACGAGGCUCAUUUGCCGCUCCAGCGGCGGGUGGAGUACGUGGGCGAGCGCAUCAAGUGGUUCUUCGAGAUCCAGAAGGAUGCGGUGCUGGAGUUCAUGGAGAAGCUCGAGGGCUCGCCCAACUCGAACUUGUUUUCUCCGCUCUACCCCAAGCACGCGAAGCUGAUCAAGCAGAAUGCCAUGAUCAAGCAUGCGGUGUGGCAGACCUAUGACAAGACCUGCGGUCGCCAGCUGCGGCAGUUCGUGGAGCUCUUUGAGAAUAUGCUCACCUCGACCUUCUCCAAUCCCUGGGUCUUCCUGAAGGGUGCCACCACCCAUCCCAGCACCGGCGAGGAUUUGUCCGAGGCCAUGCUGCCGUCCUUCGACGACACCAAGGAGCGCAUCCCGCAGGAGAUUGCCAGCAGAAGCGGCAUGGAGGCCACCUUGUCUCGAUGGCUCACUGACAUCCCCACGGAGCCUCAUGAGAUCGAUGAAGCGGUGGACAUGGUGCAGAUGCUGGUCCUGAAGACUUACAGCUUCAUUCGAUCUCAGGUCUGCGACCAGGUGGAACUGUUUUCAGAGAGCUUCUUCAAGCUGCCAAUGAUGCGAAGGCUAGAGGAGGACAUGGCCAAGAUCGAAUUGACGCCUGAGGACAAGGCCAACUACGAGGCUAGGAGAGAGCGACUGCAGCCAGAGAUCCAGGCGGCUGAGGAGAGCCUUGUGGAGAUCGAUUGGUGCAUCGAUCGGCUCCAGGGCUUCAAGCUGAAGUGCGACGCGCGAUGAGUCGCGGGCGGUCUCGAGAGUUUCCGGUGAGCGGUGAGCCAACCGAGGGCCCAAUGGAGAGAAGAGAAAAGGAGUCAAGACAUGG